AUGGCGGAGAAGCUUCUGUUAGCGGCGCCGAGCGGCGGGAAGAGGCCCAAACUGAGCGCGGCCGCAGCUGAGGGGGAACCCGGGGCUCAGGGGGCUCAGGGGGGGCCCGGGGGUCAAGGGGAGCCCGGGGGUCAGGGGGGGCCCGGGGCUCAGGGGGAGCCCGGGGGUCAGGGCGGGGCUCAGGGCGGGGACGAGGCGGCGCUGACGGUCGGCUUUGACCUGCGCGGGUUCCGUGUGGAGCGGAUACUGCAGGACAGCGCGCGGAGCAAAACCGUCUUCAUCCACGGACAGAUUGCAGAUGAUGGUGCAGAAGCCAAGGACGUUGUGAUCAUCUUAGAAAAAACACCUUUCCAAACGGAGACGCUGUCACUGCUUCUAAACAAAGAUGCCGACCUUCGACUUCAUGUGAAGAACGACAUCUACAGCACCUAUAGUCUCUACCCCCCUCCAACCCUUAAUGAGAUCAAGACCACAGUGGUGUAUCCAGCCACAGAAAAGCACAUCACUAAAUAUUUGAGGCAGGAAGUUUAUCUUGUCCAUGAAAGUGAAGAUGACUACAAGACCAUCACUGCUCCGUACCUGGAGUCCAAAGCAUUCAGCAUUCAGUGGGUGUACAACAUUCUAGAGAAGAAGGCAGAAGCUGAUCAAAUCGUUUACGAAAAUCCUGAUGCACAAAAUGGCUUCCUCCUCAUCCCAGAUUUGAAGUGGAAUCAGAAGCAAUUGGAUGACUUGUACCUGGUUGCGAUUUGCCACCGCCGAGGGAUAAAGUCACUGCGGGAUUUGACAUCAGAGCAUUUGCCUUUAUUGCAGAACAUCCUGCAGGAGGGUCAGGAGGCAAUCUCCGAGCGGUACAAAGUUAAAGGAAACCAGUUGAGGAUUUAUCUUCAUUACCAACCUUCAUAUUACCAUCUUCAUGUGCACUUCACUGCACUGAGUUAUGAUGCUCCAGGAUCAUCAGUGGAACAUGCACAUCUCCUCUCCAGUGUUAUAGAGAACUUACAGAUAGAUCCUAAAUACUACCAGAAACAUACUUUGGUGUUUGCCUUAAAGGCUGAUAACCCUCUUUUGCAGCGGUUUAAACAAACCAGAAAAAUAUGGACGCUAAAGAUCCCAUGCUCAGAAGGCUAUUCUGCCCACGGAGUCUACACCAAUUUGCAGAACACAGUGGUCUUUGAACUAAUGCAGAACUAA